CAGGCAGUAAAAUAUUUGGGGAAGAAAAUGAGCUUUAUGGGAAUGAAUUUAGAUAGCCCUAAAAAUCACAUUUGAAAAUAACCAUUUAAUGCAAAAAGUUAUGGUCAUAUUAUUAAAAGGAAUUCUUAUCCAAGCAUUAUCAUUGCUGAGAAAGCGAUGCAAGCGACUGGACACAGCACGUCUCGUUGCUUCAAGCAAGGUCCUGAAGAACUCAAUCCCCACUGAGGACUGUGACCUGAUAAUGACCUUGCCCUCAACAACGGAUGACAUCACGCUGAUGUGGCUGUUGUCAAGGUUACGGACACGGUUGCCCGAGUUACAGGUGCAUGUGAGGCACUGGAAGAACACUGGGAUGUACGCGUUCUAUAUGACUGCUGCAUACCAAGAUUUGCUGCACAUGGCAGAUGAGGAAUGCCUGGUGAAGCCACUGAAGGGAGAGUUUGGGGGCGGGAACAAGGAGUUCCUCUAUGAGGACAGGGAUUGCUAUGAAGGUAUAGAGGAUGAGCUCCACUUCCUGAGCAGUGAGGAGAGACAGAGCCUCGUGUACCAGAUCCUGCUCAAUCUGCGGGCUAUACAGGGGGAGCAACUCUGUGGGGUAAAUUUCUUGGAGGGACAAGCUAUAGUGCCACUGCUGCUGUCCAAGCAGGUGAUAUGUCAGGUGUUCCCACUUCAUGACAGGACGGCACUGCUCAAGCUGCGCAAAGGCUGGGUGCAGACCUUCAUACGCAGACAACCUAUAGAUGACAUUUGCCGGUAUUUCGGUGUGAAGAUUGCUAUGUAUUUUGCAUUCCUUGGGUUCUACACACGCUUGUUGUUGGCCCCAACUGUUCUUGGAGUGGCAGUGUGGUUUCUACAAAGCAGCAGUCAGGUUAUUGAGGACGUAUGCUUUGUUGGCUUCGCCCUGUUCAACGUGAUGUGGGCCACGAUGUACUGCGAGGCCUGGCGUAGACGUAGCUCUGAGUUGGCGUACCACUGGGGAACAUUGGACAAGCGGAGUGAAUUACUGCAAGACCCCCGCCCUUUAUACACUGGUUACCUAGUAACCAGUCCGGUGACAGGUCGACAAGAGCCCUACUACCCGGCCUGGAUGCGGCAGGUGUUCUUCUACUUUGUCAGCGUCCCGGUGAUUUCACUGUGCCUUCUAGUUGUCUUCUGUGUCAUGUUGGUGAUCUUCGAGCUUCAGGAAUGGGUGAACUCCCUUGUCAAGUCGCAAAUUGCACCCUCGUUCUGCACUACACUGCCAAAGAUUCUGCUGGCCAUAUGCAUAGGAAUUCUGGAUGACAUCUACAGAAAGAUUGCCACCUGGCUCAAUGAUAAAGAGAAUUACAGACUUGAAGAGAAGUAUGAUAACAAUCUUAUCAUCAAACUGGUCUUGUUCCAGUUUGUGAACUCAUUUUUGUCCCUGUUCUACAUUGCCUUUUAUCUACAAGACAUGGACAGACUAAGGGAGCAACUUGCUACCUUGCUGAUAACACGUCAAGUGAUAGGGAACCUGCGAGAGGCCUUGUUACCCUACAUCCUGUGGAAGAUGAAACUGAUGAGGGUCGGCUAUAACAUCACUGGGCACAUGUCACCCAACACGCUUGAGAAGGAAAUCAAUGAUAUGACAGGGAGCAAUUCAUCAGAAAAGCAACAGAAGGAUGAGAGUGAUAUUUCCAAUACCAAGCGUGAGGAUGAAAAGACAUCUGAACUCGUUCUUACGCAAGCUGAAAUCGAAAGCACCAUGAAAAAGUAUGAGAACACAUUUGAUGACUACCUGGAGCUGUUUAUCCAGUAUGGCUAUGUGAUCCUGUUUUCAUCUGCCUUCCCCCUGGCAGCCCUGUGUGCCUUGCUCAACAAUGUGAUAGAGAUACGCAGUGACGCCUUCAAACUGUGCAUCAACCAUCAGAGGCCCUUUGGCAGGAGGGUACAGGACAUUGGCAUCUGGCAGGAUGCCUUGGUAGUGAUGGGAGUGAUAGCGGUCCUUGUGAACAGUGCCCUGAUUGGUGUGUCUGGUCAGAUGGACCGCAUGGCUCCCGGACUUGACACCUCCGCCACCAUCAUUGUGAUCAUUGUACUGGAGCAUGUGAUCCUGGUGUUAAAGAUGUGUGUUACGUACGCCAUUCCCAGUCAGCCCCAGUCCAUCAAGCAGGAGAUGGCACGCCUGGAGUUUCAGAGGAGACAGGCUCUGAAGAAAGUUGACAAUCAUGUCAAGUUUCCACCAGCAACCACUGAUACAGAUCUUGCAUCUGCAGUUAACCUUAGUCAGAUGAUUGAUCCAUUGAAGUUCACAAAGCCCCGGAUUCCUGCACGUCAGCAUGAAUCUGCCUUGUACAAACUGGGCACAAAUAUUAACAAUGAACCAAAUGAUUAUGAAUCCAAGGAUAACACUGCUAGCAAUACAGUUGAGGACAGUGAAGUAUUAAAUUAUUCCAUGCCAGAUAGGUGUAAUGAUGAUAGUUCAUGUUUAACAAAAACCCAUGUUGUUAGGACAACAAGUUUUGAUUAUUCAAUACAAUGUUUGGAUCAAGAUCAGGUUAACUUAUCAUCUGGUCCCCAAUCAAGUUCCAGCUGUUUGAAACAUUCUGUAUCCGUCACCUCAGGUGCUAGUAGCAAAGAAAAGCCUAGAUACAAAGUUCAAUUUAGGGAGCCUGCUGAUGUGAUACAAAGUGAGUCUGGACAAAACUGUGGAAAGGAAUCUGAAAAUAUAAAUGAUUUAGAGUUUUCUGAACGCCCCUCGUGCUCUAUGAGUGCCAGUCAUUCUAGUACAGACCAGAUAUCACCCAGCAGUUCACCUACCAACCAGGCACUGUGGGUUGGUCACAAAUUAACGGAGCAAGAAGCUCGACUGGCCACACGGCAGCGGAUACUGCAGAGUGCACGGCACAGACACGAGGGUUGUUCAUUCAGUGCCAAGAAACCGGGUAGCCCAGUGUAAUGUAUGGAGAUAGGCAAUUGAAGUUCAAUUUUGUUUUCUAUUUAUUUUUCAAUCUUUUAUAUAGUGUGCAUCAUUGUAAGUUGAAAGGAAGUGUACUAUAUUUGGCACGCCAUUUGUGCUUAAUUUGUAAUAUUGAUGUAAUAAUGUUUUAAGAAAGCUACAUGUUAAUUGUCUUUAGAAAUUACAUGGUGAUUGAAUCUGUAUUAAGCUUGAAAUGACAAUGGUGACCUUGAUUUUGUUAAUUUGUUAUGCUUUUGUUAAUUUUUACAUGCAAUAUGUAUGGUGUUUUUGUUAAUGGUUUUAUUGCACUGACAUUUAUUUACAUUGUACAAAAUGACUGUUGGUGACUGAACUUUAAUUCCUUAUAUUUGAUUUUUACGUUGAAUUUCUUGUAUUGAUAAGCUGCAAUUAUAUAAAAUCACAACACAGUUCAAUUACCGGUACUUCUACUCACAUAGAUAUUAAUAUGAUUUGUUAUCCAAUUUUUGGUGCAUUCUAUAAGUAUUUUAUUUAUGAUGGGUAUAUGUAGCUAACAAUUGUUCAAUGAUUUUAGUAUCAUAUUUAAAUUGUAUUUUUGUCCAUAGACAGAUAUUUGAGUGUGGUCAUUUUCAUUUUUUAAGGAAAUAACUGGCAUUAUGACUUACAAUAAGCAAACACAGUUUUCUCCCAUAUGUUGGUAAUGACACAUUCCCAUGAUCCCCCUGUUUUGCUUUGAAUUUCCAUAAUAAAUUUGGUCCAAUCAUAUAAAUAGUAUUAUGAUUUUUUUCUGAUGAUCUUCAUGAUGUAUUUGUUAGUUUGUCAGAUGGUCUUUACGUUAUGUUAAUUAACAUGACUGCCAAAAUUAAUUCUUUCAUUGCCUCUUAACCUUUAUAUGCAAAGCUGGUGCCAUUUUUACUAGCUACUUGAUUUAUCAGGGUCUUGAAAAUAAAUCUUCAAAUGUUAAUGUAUGUAUACCGUUUUAUAUAUUCGUGUAUUAUUUGGUUUUAUGUUUCGUAUUGCCAUAUCGCAUUUGUUGUUGUUUUGUGUUUACUUCCAUUUUGGAAUUUGUAUAUAUAUUUGUUAGUGGUAAAGCCAUGUCUUGUAUGUGCCAUUCAUUUGCCCAAAUGUUUUUUGUCUUGUUCUUUUUUAAACUUAAUGUGGCAUAACGUAUUCUAAAUAAAUAAAUAAAGAUUAA